AGAAUCAUCUCCCACAUCAAGACCUCCAGGAGCCUCCACAUCCUGUGUGCAGUCCCAGUCUUCUGCUGGAUCACUGCUACAGUUCUGGAGCACAUGUUGACUACAGAGCAGAGAGGAGAGCUGCCCAAGACCCUGACUGACAUGUACUCACACUUUGUGAUGGUUCAGACAAAGAGGAAGAAGAACAAGUACCAUGACGGACAUGAGACGAGUCCACAGGAGCUGAUGGAGGCUGACAGGAAAGUUCUUCUGAAGCUGGGGAGGCUGGCGUUUGAACAUCUGGAGGAAGGAAACAUCAUGUUCUACCAAGAAGACCUGGAGCGCUGUGGUCUGGAUGUAGUAGAGGCCUCAGUGUACUCAGGAGUGUGUACAGAGAUCUUCAAAAGAGAGAGUGUGAUCUUCCAGAAAUCAGUCUACUGCUUUGUUCAUCUGAGUCUUCAGGAGUUUCUGGCUGCAGUCUACAUGUUCCACUGUUACAUGAACAAGAAGAAAGAGAAAGAGGUGCUGGACGACUUCCUUUGGACAGGAUGGGAUGAGUGUUGUUACGGUGAUGUUGAAAAUUAUGACAACAGUAAACUAUUUCUCAAUAAAUUCCUGUAUGGAGCCAUGAAGAAAUCCCUGCUGAGUAAAAAUGGUCACCUGGACCUGUUUGUUCGCUUCCUUCAUGGCCUCUCUCUGGAGUCCAACCAGGGACUCUUAGGAGGUCUGCUGGGUCAGACAGAGAACAGUCCACAAAUCAUCCAGAGAACCAUCAACAAGCUGAGGAAGAUGAAAACUGAUUUUAUCUCUCCUGACAGAAGCAUCAACAUCUUCCACUGUCUGAUGGAGAUGAACGACCUCUCAGUUCAUCAGGAGAUCCAAGAGUUCCUGAAGUCAGAGAACAGAUCAGAGAAGAAACUCUCUGAGAUCCAAUGCUCAGCUCUGGCCUACAUGCUGCAGAUGUCAGAGGAGGUUCUGGAUGAGUUGGACCUGAACAAGUUCAACACAUCAUUGGAGGGACGACAGAGACUGAUCCCAGCUGUGAGGAACUGCAGAAAGGCUCGACUUGCUGGAUGUAGACUCUCAGAAGCUGAUUGUGAAGUUGUGGCCUCAGCUCUGAAGUACAACCCUUCCUAUCUGACAGAGCUGGACCUGAGUAAUAAUGAGCUUAAGGAGUCAGGAGUGAAGAUGAUGUCUGCUGGACUGGAGAGUCCAAACUGUAGACUGGAGACUCUGAGAUUGAAUGGUUGCAGUUUGUCAGAGAUCAGCUGUGAUUCUCUGGUCUCAGCUCUGAAGUCCAACCCCUCCCAUCUCAAACAUCUGGACCUGAUUCAUAACAACCUGCAGGAUUCAGGAGUGAAGCAGCUGUGUGGUUUUCUGGAGAAUCCAGACUGUAGACUGGAGGGUUCUCUGGGACCAGCUCUGAAGUCCAACCCCUCUCAUCUCAAACAUCUGGACCUGAGUAUCAACAACCUGAAGGAUUCAGGAGUGAAGCAGCUGUGUGGUUUUCUGGAGAGUUCAGACUCUAGACUGGAGACUCUGAGGUUGAAGAGCUGCAGUUUGUCAGAGGUCAGCUGUGAUUCUCUGGUCUCAGCUCUGAAGUCCAACCCCUCCCAUCUGAAACAUCUUGAUCUAAGUCACAACAAGCUGAAGGAUUCAGGAGUGAAGCAGCUGUGUGGUUUCCUGGAGAGUCCAGACUGUAGACUGGAGACUCUGAGAUUGGUUCGAUGCAGUUCAUCAAAGAUGAGCUGUGAUUCUCUGGUCUUAGCUCCUCCCAUCUGAAACAUCUGGUCCUGAGGAACAGAAGGGUUGCAGCUGAAUGACAUUAAGAAGAGUCCACAAACAGAACCUACACACUCUGAGUCCAUUGUAAUAGGCCCAUGCUGAGAUGCACAUUCUACACCUUGUAAGACUUGAUUUCCACACAUCAUAGUGGAACAAAUAAACAUCAUCCAACAAAUCAAUGUUCCAGGAAAUACGACAGCAUGUGGAAAUUUAACUGAACUGCAACUCAACACUCUGCAAAAUGUCCUCAUGGACUCCAAUCUGAAACGCAGUUAGUGAACUUCACUUCACCAGAUAAACCCAGAAUGAAGCGGGACCUCCCUUUCUUCUUCUGUGGUGGUGGUAUUCUGACUUUUUGUGAUAGAAACUUCUGAGUCUUGGCUUUCAAAAGAGAUGAAGACCAUGCAUGAGCUCCAAACUGUAUUUAUGAUGUAUUUCUGUGUUGAUCUGAUUAUCUGCAUUACACUCUCUUUAUUCUCUUCCAAUACCUUUCUUAGAAUUAGACUCGAUUCACAAGGGAAAUCACUUGGUCACAGUAGCUUAGUUGCACAUAAAUAAAAUAUAACAUAAGUAUUAUCAGUGUCUAUCAUACACACGGAGUUCACUCGUGCAAAAUAAAACCAUCUAGCAUCGAAUAGAAUAGACUUAUUGUCAUUACCCAUACAAACACAAACACACACCGCAAGGUUACCAGACCUGCAUGGAAUCAUAAAUAAUAAAAGACAACAAAACAAAAGUGGCAGUGCAAAAAAAUAUUAAGGUGCUUAAAAAUACGUUACAGUCAGUUAUGAGUGGGAAUUCAGUUUGUGUUUGGUUGUAGAUGUAUCCCAGAGGGAUCAGGGGCCAAAAAUGCACAUAUUGAAUAAAUAAAUAAUGAGUUUUCCUUGAUUAACAGAUUUACUUGUCGUGUUAUAUUUAACAGGACACAUAAAUCUGUUAGCACCACUUGCAUAAUAUGAAUCAAGAGUCAUAAGGAGAGUCAUGGAAAGCUCAUUUAUUUAUUCAACAAUUGCAAUCUUUCACGUUUGUGUUGAUGCCCUCAGGGUGACACAAUUACGCCCCCUUGAGGAAAACAAACUUUUUUUCCUUCAGCCAUCAGACUGAUGAACAACAUCUGAACCGAGUCAUUACAGGAUGAAGCAGGGGCAACUGACAGCUGUAAAGGUUUAUGUAGUUGUGUCCUAGUCAUGUGUGAUGCUUUGAUUGUUGUGUUCUUGUUGUUUGUUUGUUUGGACUAUAACAAAAUUACUGACUGACAGUUGUCAUCUGAGACCUGUAGCCACUAAUAGUCAUUAAUCAAUAACGAGAACAUGAUCACAGUAAAGCAACAAAGCAGUUCUUACUCAAAUUUUUAAAACAAUCUUCUCAAUCAAUCAGUCAUUUAAUUUAGUAAUAUAGUCAUGAAAUAUAGUAAAAUCAGUCUUUUUGUCAGGAAAAGUUACAUAGCUGCUAAUCAAAUGGUUUGGUCUUAUCUCAGCGCAUAGGUUGCACAUGUAGCGGUGUGUAGUCUCUAGAUCCAUAGACAUAAUAUCAAUUAACACUUUAUUUCGGACACGGGGCGGUCCAUAAAACAAUAAAGAAGAAAGAAUAAUACUAAAAAUAAACAAAACAGAAGCAAAAAGGACAGAGAGACGACAGAUGUUCAGUAUCAAAUAUUUACAUAUAGACUAAAGCGCCAGUGCUUCCAGAGCCUUGAAGUGAGUCUGACCGUACUCAUGGCAGGAUUCACCAGCACACAAGUCCACACAUGAAGCUGAACAUGAGGUUCCUAAGUACAGCGGGACAUGUGGACACACCAACACUCAAACACAAACAUUUGGCUAGCACUGCUCCCUCUUGCCACAUUAAGCAGCAUCCUCAAUCCAUCAGUAUGUGCCACCUUCAGUAUCUGAAUACUUCUACUUUUAUAGUCCCGCCACAAGUGGGCAGUAUACAUUAGGGUGCAGAAAGCUUUAAACAGAGUGAUCUUCACAGACAAUGAGCACAUACAGACUUUCUGUUUCAACAUGUUGGCCUGUGCAUACAAGAGAAUGUCCCCAGAGAGAGAGAGAAGACAGGAAAUGACAGUUUAUUUACCAUUGUAUUUAAUAUCAAAGUCAGAGCCAUAUUGCAAACAUACUCUGAGUAAUUGCUGGAGGCCAGCACUAUAUGGACACAGGAUAACCAGGUCAUCCGCAUACGUCAGGUUGUUUACAAUUGUGUCACCAGCCAUACAUCCUGUUCUGCAGCUGUGUAGCUGGUUGGAUAGCUCGUCCAUGUAAAUAUUAAAAAGGAAGGGAGGUAGAAUGCUCCCCUGCCUAACUCCACACUUUAAAAAGAGCAGAUGUGAAAUCAUCCAAUUUCACACACUCUGACUGAUGUGAAUACCAAAGAAAAACAGGAUUCUUAUAAGAGAUGUGGGAAACCCUCUGUUUUGCUGCUUAUAAAAUAAUCUAUGUCUGUUAUACAAAUCUAAAAUCUCUUUAAGAACAAAAAUACAUGUAUCCGUGCCAUGUUCAGGUUUAAAACCAAACUGGUUAUCAGAAGUCAGGAUAAACUGUUCCAGCCUAUUCAAACGCUCCAAAACCCCGGAUAAGAUGCUGGCCAGGGCUAUGAGCCGGUAGUUACCCGAACUAUUGAUUUUCCCAGUUUUGUCUUUAAUUAUAGGCAUUAAUAGAAAAAUCUGGUAAAAUAUCCUGAACUAAAACAUAUGGCAAUUAGGGGACCGAGUUUUCUGCUUGCAAGUCUUAAAUGCUGCGCAGAUAUCUUAUCCAUACCACUUGCUUUAUUGUCUUCUAACAUGAUAAUUGCAUUAUAUACUCCUUGUGAGGAGAUGGUCACAUCUUCUUUAGUGUCAGUGUUGCCCACUGUGAAGGUUUUGCUCUUGAUACAGUUGAAAAGCUCAUAAUAAUGUUUCCUCCAUAACUGAGAAAUUUCCUCUGAGCCGCAUGAACCAUCAGUAUUGGUCAGUAGUGACAUUUUACAAUUAUUCAUUUGCUUAAUUUCUUUCCAGAAAUCAUUAUAGGACUAUUGUUUUGUUGCUUCCUUGCGAGAGAGUCAGACCUCAUUGUAUUUUCAUUCCUCUUAAUGAAAUGUAGAACAUAUUUAAAGCUUGCAUGUGCUUGUUUCUUAUAGUCAAAUAAGGGGCCAUAUUUUUGUCUGCCUGACUCAACCGUUACCUUGAAAGCCCUUCUAGUGUCAGCAUGAAGCUCUUCCACAUACUCGUUCCUGCAUGGGACAAGGAGGGAUCCCACAAUAUUGUCAUACAAGGAGCAUAGUGCAGUAGCAUGUUGGGGACUCUUACAGUUAAUAUCACAACAUGCAAUAGCAUCUUUACUCAGCAAGGUGUCAGUCAGGGCAUAGUAUUUAUUAAGAUCCUCCUCUGUGAGGUUACACCAAUCAAUUCCCCCAACAUGUGUGCUGCUAUUUACUGGCAAGAGAGUGGGCAUGUUGCCUAGAUUUACACAGAGAGAAAAUGGCACAUGAUCAGGAAUGGCAAAUUCAUAAUGAAUCCUCAUGGCCUCUACAGAGUCAUGGGCAUCAGCUGUGCAGAUGCAGUGGUCAAGCCAUGAGUAAGUGCCUUACUUGAGAGGAUCAGGCCACUGUCACAACAGAACUGCAUUAGGUGCAUGCCAAACAAAGAGCUGCCAUCAGCAAUAUCUGCGUUCAUAUCGCCCUCAAUAUAAAUACAAGUGGAAGGAUAAUGUUGCACGAGCCAGUGAGAACACUCAUAUGUAUGUUCAAUAGGAUUAGGUUUUUAUCACCCCACAUGAGCUCAAUCCCUAUGGCCCAAUCAACACCCCGCUGGUCAUAUUUUAUUAUGCCGUAGCACAGGUACACCACCAGGUAUUCUGCCAUGAAUUAUACCCAUGAAUUAUACCCAGCCACCACAGAGGAUGCCAAAAUCCCGCCAACAGUGGCAGCCCAACAAAAGCAUCUAUAAAAGAAUGGAUAAGGGAGAAAUUAUCUGCCACAACUGCUCCGGCGUGGGACACCUACAGAGAACCUGUCCUUCCCCUCGCCGACCACCACGGCCCUUCACAAAUGUAAGCCUAAACCCCGCCCUUGAUGCAAGCACAGUGGUCGUCCACACCAAGGGUGAGGAGGGUGAAAUGUGCAUCAGAAUAUGGAUUUAUGGACUGGAAAUCGGUGCUCUACUGGACUCCGGAACACCUAUUGUACAGGUCCUGCAGGGCAUUGGGCCAGACGGCCUGGCUGUCCUUGGAGAAGUCAUCCUGCCUGUGCAUGUUGGGAGCAGAACUACUCAGGUGAACUUUAUCAUGGCUGACACAGCAGAGAACACUGAGGUUAUGUUGGGCCACCCUUUCCUGCAACAGGCGCAGGCUUGCCUGGACUAUGGCCGCCAGGAGAUAACCCUUUUCGGCGAGAAGGUUCCCCGCUUCGACCCCAGCCACCAGACUGAGGCGCACCUCGUCAGGGUGGCACGUACGACAGUGUUGGAACCGGGACCUGAGUAUGUUGUCCCUGGCGCCUCC